GUUAACACAAAUUUAUCUUCAUGGAAGAGAAGCCAUUCAAGUGUGCAGUGUGUGACCAAGCUUUCACAAAAUCAACAACACUUGUGAAUCAUCAACGUAUUCACACUGGAGAACAGCCAUUCAAAUGUAAGGUGUGUGAGAAAUCAUUCUCAUGGUCAUCAACUCUCCGAGCUCACAAAUCGGUCCACACAGGUGAGAAACCAUUCACUUGUGAGGUGUGUGGCAAGUCAUUCUUGUAUUCAUCAACCCUUCAUAGACACCGACACAUUCAUACAGGGAAGAAACGUUUCAUUUGCAAGAUGUGCAACAAAUCAUUCUUGCAGUCAUGGGCUCUCCUUGAACACGGGCGCACUCACACAGGGGAGAAACCAUUCACAUGCAAGGUGUGCAUCAAAUCCUUCUCUGAUUCAUCAGCCCUCCAUGUUCACCAACGUAUUCACAGUGGGGAGAAACCAUUCAAAUGUGAGGUGUGUGACAAAUCAUUCUCUGAUUCCUCAACCCUUCGGAAACACCGACGCAUUCACACAGGAGAGAAAUUAUUCAUAUGUGACAUGUGUGACAAAUCAUUCACAUAUUCAUCGACUCUCCAAACACACCGACGUAUACACACAGGAGAAAGACCAUUUGUAUGUGAAGUGUGUGGGAAAUCAUUCUCUGAUUCAUCAACCCUUCGCAAACACCGCCAUAUUCAUGCAGGGGAGAAACCAUUCACAUGUGACGUGUGUUUCAAAUCAUUCUCUGAUGCAUCAGCUGUCCACAAACACCGACUGAUUCACACAGGAGAGAAAUUAUUCACGUGCGAAGACUGUGACAAAUCGUUCUCACGGUUAUCAAUCCUCCUGUUGCAUCAGAAGAUUCACGCUGGACAGAAACCAUUCACAUGCAAGAUGUGUGACAAAUCAUUCUUGUAUUCAUCAACCUUUCAUAGACACCAACGAAUUCACACAGGGGAGAAACCCUUUACUUGCAGGACUUGCAACAAAUCAUUUUUGCAGUCAUGGGCCCUCCUUGAACAUCAACGCAUUCAUACACAGGAGAAACCAUUCACGUGUGAGGUGUGUAUGAAAUCAUUCUCUGAUUCAUCAAACCUCCGAACACACCAACGCAUUCACACAGGGGAGAAACCGUUCACGUGUGAAGUGUGUGACAAAUCAUUCUCUGAUUCAUCGACCCUUCGGAAACAUCGACGCAUUCAUACAGGAGAAAAACCAUUCACGUGUGAGAUGUGUAACAAAUCGUUCACGUACUCAUCGAGCCUCCGCAUACACCAACGUAUUCAUACUGGGGAGAAACCAUUCACAUGCGAGAAGUGUGGCAAGUCAUUCUCUGAUUCGUCGGCCCUCUGCAAACACCGUCGCAUUCACACAGGUGAGAAACCAUUCACGUGUGAAGUUUGCGGCAAAUCCUUCUCCAGGUCAUCAACCCUCCUGUUCCAUCAGAGGAUUCACACAAGGGAGUAACUCUUCAACUGUGAGGUGUGUGGUAAACCUUCAUUGAGCUCAUCAAAUUUCUGCACUAACUGACACAUUCAUAUAGAAGAAACCACUCCAACAUAAGAUGGCCACAUAUCACCCUCUGUGCACACCAAAGCUUUCAGACGGGACAAUCCAUUCAUGUGUGAGCUGUGUCAGAAAACUUUCUCCUUAUCAUCGGAAGUCUGCAACUACCAACACAAUCACACCAGAAAGAACCUGGUCAAGUGCUUGAGGAGUGAUAAGUCAUUCUCAAAUUCAUCAACUCUCCACAGACAUCAAUGCAUACAUACCAGGGACAAACCAUUCAUAUGUGUUGUGCAUCAAAAGCAUUCUUGUUAUCGUUGUAUCACUGCACACAUCAACACAACACUGGCAAGAAACCAUUCAAGUGUGAGGUGAGUGCAAAAUUGUACUCUCAGCCUUUGAUUCUCCCAAUCUAUCAAAGGAUCUCCAUGGCUAAGAAGCCAUUUAAGUCUGAUGUUUGUGAUGAACCUUUCUUAAAUUCUUUAUUAUUAUCAAAGGAUUCUUACAAGGGAAUAAAACUUUGAACUAAGGUGAAACUUUCACCCAAUCACCAACUCUCCUAAACCAUUAGUGAAUGCACACUGGAGUGAAAAUGUUCUGUGUGGCAUGUGACGAGGUUUUCACCUAGUCAGCGUAUCUUAUGCUCCUUCAACAUUUGUAAAGCAGAGAAACCCAGUUGGUAUCAGAUGUACAAUACAAUCUUCGUACAGUUGGUGGACCUGCCAGAACAUCAGAGAACCUACCCAGCCAUGUUCUUGCUCAGUUGUUGUUGACUGUGUGAACCUGUGCACAAUCUCACUGCAGGAUGUUCAGCAGGACUGAGACACAAAGCAAGAAGCAGCUUUCACUGCCAUCAAACAACUAGUGAUGACAAAAGCUUGCUUCUCAAGAUGCUUUUACCUGUUCCAAGAUAUUUCUAAAGGAUGAUAUUUUAUUUCUCCCAGGAGAUGCCAGUGAAUACGCUUGUCCCAGGAUUUAACCUUUUUGAGAGCAAUAUUGUUCAUUGUACACUAGGAUGUUUGUAGCCUUUCUCUUUCUGGGGAAUACAGCAGUCUACCCCUGGUGUAGCCAGAAUCUGAAACAUUUCUUCACAUUCCACGUCUCUCAGUGAGCUCCCUGACCGAAUCACAGCAUCAGUAACCAAUGCUUUCUCCUCAGUGUGUACUGAAAUUGUGGCAUCAACCAUGGAAGGAAGUGAUGGACCUAGUCCCUAAGCAGCUGACCAUCAGGCUACUCACCUUCCCUCAAUAUGAAUGUGACUUCCUAACUUCACUGAGUUCACAUGGAGACCAUAGGUUCUCAGAUGGUCAUUACACACAACUUGGAGGUGAAUUGCUUUCUGUUCAAGAAGUUCUCAGAGUCUCCCCACGUAACCUUCAAUAUCAUGUGAAUUUAUUGUCCUCAUGCCUCCAGUAUUAUAAAGUUUAUGUGACACAGCCUUCUAAACCCACAACUCUUCCAGCUCGAAGAACAAGGUGGCCGGUAAAUGGAAACAAUGUCACCUGCAAUUUCUCCUCCAAGUUACAGGGUUCUCGCUUGGAACUAUAUCAACAUCCCUUUGGUGUCGACUCUCUAACACUGGCAAUCAAGAAACCUGACAUCCUCCAGGACAAAGUAACAUGCUUGAGCGUGCCCUAGCCACUACUUUCAGCACUCCCUUCACCAAUGACGCAAAGUGGCAGCAGUAAGUACCAACUACAAGAUGCAGCUCAGUAACUCUCCAAGGCUCCUUUAACAGCACCUUCUAAACACAAAAUUUCUCCAGUUAGGAGAACAAGGUCGCAGGUAAAUGGGAGAAAUAUCACCUGCAAUUUCUCCUCCAAGUUAUAGAGUUCUGUCUUGGAACUAAAUCACUGUCUUUUCAAUGACACUGAUUGAAACCCCCGGUAUUUCCUCCCGAACAACAUUUUGGAUGUACCUACAACCCUGGGACUUUUUUUUUAAUAUGGGGAGGCAAUAACCUAGUAGCAUUAUCGUUAGACUAUAAUUCCAGAGGCCAAGGUAAUGGCCUGAGGAUCCAGGUUCAAAUCCUGCCAUGGGAGAUUGUGGAAUUUGAAUUCAAAAAACAAAUCUGCUCUCGAGAAUCCAAUGGUGAUCAUGAAACUGUUGUUGAUUUUUGGGAAAACCCAUCUAGUUCACUAACGCCGUUUAUGGACAGAAACUGUCAUCCUUACCAGGUCUGACCGACAAGUGACUCUAGACUCUCGGUGAUGUGGUUGACCCUGAAUUGCCCUCUGGACAAUUAGGGGACAGCAAUAAAUACUAGCCGAGCCAACGACACCCACAAUCCGUGAAUGAAUAAAAAACAAUGAAAUAAACUAUUGCCUGUGGGCCUGUAGUUUGCUGAAAUAAUAGCUGUCCACAGCAUGUAGACUGGAGUCAUGAAUAUGAAUGACCGUUAGAGUUCUGGUUGUUCAGACAUUCAGUGUAAUUUGGAGAGUCAUCUCUAAGAGGCAAAAUCAGUAGAAAAUCACCACUCUCAUUAUUCCCAUUUGAGGCUGUGGUCAUGGUUGUUCCUGGUUGUUUCUCGCUGUUGUUUAAUAAAUCAUUGUUAAAUAACACAACAGUUCAAUUUAUAGUUGAUGUAACUGCCAUUUAAAAUACUUGACAUCAUCAUUCAAUUGGUGAUGAAAUGACACAAAUUCCAUAAAU